ACUUCCGGCUGCCGGGUUGACAUGAAGAAGCAGCGGCGGCUAGGGCGGCGGUAGCGGCGGGAGUGGAGGCGCGGUGCGCUCGGGGCCGAGAGGGCGACGCGGCCUAGAGCGGCGGACGGCGCAGCGGGCCGAGGAGGAGGCGCGGCAGCCGCCCUGGCCCGUCAUGGAGAUGGAGAAGGAGUUCGAGCAGAUCGACAAGGCCGGGAGCUGGGCGGCCAUUUACCAGGACAUCCGACACGAAGCCAGUGACUUCCCAUGUAGAGUGGCCAAGCUUCCUAAGAACAAAAACCGAAACAGGUACAGAGAUGUCAGUCCCUUUGACCACAGUCGGAUUAAACUACAUCAAGAAGAUAACGACUAUAUCAAUGCUAGUUUGAUAAAAAUGGAAGAAGCCCAGAGGAGUUACAUUCUUACUCAGGGCCCUUUGCCUAAUACGUGCGGUCACUUCUGGGAGAUGGUGUGGGAGCAGAAGAGCAGAGGCGUUGUCAUGCUCAACAGAGUGAUGGAGAAGGGCUCGUUAAAAUGUGCACAGUACUGGCCACAAAAAGAAGAAAAAGAAAUGAUCUUUGAAGACACAAAUUUGAAAUUAACAUUGAUCUCUGAAGACAUUAAGUCAUAUUACACAGUACGACAGCUAGAGUUAGAAAACCUCACAUCUCAAGAAACUCGAGAGAUCUUACAUUUCCACUAUACCACGUGGCCUGACUUUGGAGUCCCCGAAUCACCAGCCUCGUUCCUGAACUUUCUUUUCAAAGUCCGCGAGUCGGGGUCCCUCAGCCUGGAGCACGGCCCCAUCGUGGUGCACUGCAGUGCUGGCAUCGGCAGGUCGGGGACCUUCUGUCUGGCCGACACCUGCCUCUUGCUGAUGGACAAGAGGAAAGACCCUUCUUCUGUUGAUAUCAAGAAAGUUCUGUUAGAAAUGAGGAAAUUUCGGAUGGGACUGAUCCAGACAGCAGACCAGCUCCGCUUCUCCUACCUAGCUGUGAUCGAAGGUGCCAAGUUCAUCAUGGGCGACGCUUCAGUGCAGGAGCAGUGGAAGGAGCUCUCCCAUGAGGAUCUGGAGCCCCCACCUGAGCACGUCCCCCCACCUCCCCGGCCACCCAAACGAGUCCCGGAGCCACACAAUGGGAAGUGCAAGGAGUUCUUCCCGAACCACCAGUGGGUACAGGAUGGGACCGAGGAGGAGAAAGACGGCCCCAUCAAGGAAGAAACUAGAACCCCCUUAAGUGUGCCCUGCAGCAUGGAAAGCACGAGUCAAGACACUGAAGUCAGAAGGCGGGUCGUCGGGGGAGGUCCUGCCCAGGGGGAGCCGUCGCCACCUGAGGAGCAGCAGGACCAGGCGCUGACUCACUGGAAGCCCUUCCUGGUCAACAUGUGCAUGGCCACAGUCCUCACAGCCGGCGCGUACCUCUGCUACAGGGUAUGUUUUCACUGACGGACAUGCUGGCAAGACCGUGUGUACAGAGAGCACUGGCCAACAGCCUGGCGUUAGCGUCCAGCGCUGUGCAAGGAUCUGAGCCAGUCUCAGAAGAAACAGAUCAAAGGUUUUUAAAGUCUGGAACUGUGAAGGGCUAAAGAGAGAAUUGAGGAUUGAUGCACUGGGGUUUUAAGGAGCCCUGUGGUCCCAAGAAUAUGAGAGUCUAAUCUCAGGGCCUUAACCUAUUCAGGAGUAAGUAGAGAAAAUGCCAAAUACGUCUCUCUCUCUCUUUUUUUUUUUGGUUCAUUUGUUUUUGAAAAAAAAA